AUGGAACGUGGCGUCUGGAGAGGUGGAAGCUCAAUAUUUACUCGCGCUGUACCAAAGCCAUUAAAUAAUAAAGAUAAACAUCUGUGGUUAGCUGAUUUAUUUCAAGGAUUACCAAAAGCAACAGCAAAGAAUGAUAAUGAUAAUUGGUCGAAGAUGGAAUCCUUAAAGGUUUCACUUGAAGAAGUCCAAAUAAAUUUUCGUUCAUUCAAUUUACUUGAUGAUCAUGUCCAUUUUUGUUAA